AUGAGACUUAUCAAAGCUCGAGUCCUUGUCGAGACGCAGCGCAUUUCCUUUGAAGAGUUCUACGGUGAACUUCCACAAUACGCCAUUCUUUCUCACACAUGGGAGAACAAUGAGGAGAUCACACUCCAAGAAUGCAACACCAAGGGUGCCAAGCUGAAGUCAGGCUAUGACAAAAUUAUGAAAACAUGUCAGUUGGCGCUCGCAGACGGCCUCGAGUACGCUUGGGUCGACACUUGUUGCAUUGACAAGUCCAGUAGCGCCGAGCUCACGGAAGCCAUCAAUUCUAUGUUCUUAUGGUACCAGAAGGCCAAGAUAUGCUAUGUAUACCUAGCCGACAAGAAGAAUGAUCGUCUCUCAGGUUGUCGUUGGUUCACUCGCGGAUGGACGUUGCAAGAGCUGAUUGCCCCAGCCACUAUGAUGUUCUUCAAUCACUGGUGGGACUGUAUCGGCACUAAGAAGAGCCUUGUAAGCGAUCUGUCUCGGAUCUCAAACAUUGAUAAGGGUAUUUUGCUCCACGAUGUUCCGAUCUCUUCUGCCUGCAUUGCAAAGCGACUCUCGUGGGCGGCAUACCGCAAAACCACCCGUGUGGAGGACAUGGCGUACUGCCUGCUGGGUAUAUGUAACAUUCACAUGCCCAUGCUAUACGGAGAAGGAAAAGCAGCGUUUCGUCGCCUACAGGAGGAGAUUAUCAAAACAACAUAUGACCUGAGUCUUCUUGCUUGGACACCGCCUGACAAUUCGGAGGGUGAAUACUGGGGCUUUCUAGCAGAGUCCGUGGGCUAUUUUGCCUUGUGUCACAGCAUGUACUCCACCGCAGACUCCCUUCUAGACGAAGGGGAGAUCAGUAUUUCCAACAAGGGCCUAAAGCUCAAGGCUCGUUUGUUCAUACUCAAGUAUUCAAGUGAAAAACAUCGCUACGGUCUGGGAUUGGAUUACAGGACUCCUGGAAAGGAUGGCAGAUUUUUAACUAUACCUAUGCGCAAGGUGGGACCAAAUGCGUUUGUGAGAGUGCGAGUCCCCAAGAAAAGCGGUUCAGACGGCAAGAAAGAGACAUCGACCUCGUCUCGUCUUCAGUCUGUGUCUGCUGAUGACAACGUGUUCCAUAACGUCACUCUUCUCACAACAUUACCUCAACUAGAUGCGAAAGCGUCGCUGUCCCAAAAGGGAAACCUCGAUAUCGUCUCUUUCACUCGAUUUGCAACGGUCAAGAUCGAACUUCCUCCCGGCAUAAGGAUGGUUAGCAAUACGGAAACACCGAGGAAGCUCUGGGACAUGGAAGAUAAUGUCUUUUUUAGCCCUCGCGGAUCAUACCAAAACUGGGGCGCAGUCGUGCUUGAUACAAACUCACUAUUCAUUUGCUUCUGGCAACUUGAAAGGAGUGAUUGGGUGAUGAGAGGGGCGGUUCUUGACAUGGACAACGAAAGGAUUCACGCUCUGUGGAAGGACCUUUAUCUUUCUUCAGACGACCAUUUACGUCACCAGAAGUCAGUUGUCGCGUAUCUGCUGGACAGCGCCCAGGAACAGAUGACAUUUCCGGGUGAUCUGUUAGGAGAGGAGAUGGGCAACCCACUAUCGUUUCGUAUUCAACGUGAAGAUGAUUCAAAAUUCUGCAGCGGUCCACGGUGGCGAGUCAUUUUUGAGGCAACCGUUGGCACAACCGGUUGA